AUGGAAGAAAACAAAAAAAGAAAAGGCGAUAACUGUGGGAGCAACAUGAUAUACUGGAAAAAAUGGUGUGAUCGAGUAGCUACUACUAUUGAAAUACCUUCAACAUCAACUGUAGCAACAGAUCAUAUUUCACCAUCAAAGUCUGUUAUAGAAGCAGAAUCUGUUUCUGAUUCUAAAGAUGAGCCCCACUUAAUUGCAGCUAAAUUAGACAUUGAAGUAAAUACUGGAGCAUUUUGCAGAAUUUGCGUCAUUAUGGGUAGAUCGUUUGAAAGAAAAGGAAGUGGAAAGUUGCACUUGAAAUUUUUAAAGCACACUCACAAACCUCUUAUCAUAAGAGAAAUUCUGAACUAG